AUGGUAGUGUUUAUCGAUUAUAUCCUGAUUUAUUCGAAGACGGAUGAAGAGCAUGUUGAACAUCUGAGAGUUGUGUUAAAGUUGUUGCAAGAGAAGCAAUUGUAUGCUAAGUUGUCAAAGUGUGAGUUUUGGAUGGAAAACGUGAUUUUUCUCGUCCAUGUUAUUUCUAGUGGGGGUAUUACGGUGGAUCCGUCAAAGGUUGAGGUUGUGUUAAAGUGGGAGACUCAUAAGUAUGUCACUGAGAUCCGAAGUUUUCUUGUGCUAGCUGGUUAUUAUCGUAGAUUUAUGGAAGGAUUUUCCAAGUUGGAAUUGUCGUUAACUCAGUUAACUAAGAAGAGUCAGGCGUAUGUUUGGGUUGUUAAGUGCGAAAAAAGUUUUCAAGAUCUUAAGAAGAGGUUAACAUCAGCUAUAGUGUUGAUUUUUCUGAGUCUGACUGAAUCUUUCGUCGUGUAUUGUGAUGCUUCUAAUAUGGGUUUAGGAGGUGCGUUGAGGAAAAUAGAAAAGUUUAAAAUGGUCAGUGAUCAUAAGAGUUUAAAGUACAUGUUUGAUAUAAAUGAGUUAAAUAUAAGACAUAUGAGAUGGAUUAAGUUGUUGAAGGACUAUGAUUUUGGUUUGAAUUACCAUCCUGGUAAAGCCAAUGUCGUAGCCGAUGCGUUGAGCAGGAAGACAUUGCAUAUGCCAACGCUAAUGGCUAAAGAGUUAGAGUUGAUAGAAGAACUUAGAGAUUUGAGAUUAGUUUGCAAAUUCACGUCAUAG